AUGGACGAGUUCGCGCAGACUCGCGGCGCCGACGACCUAUUCGACGAUGAGAUUAUCCCAAUCUCCACGGAAGAGCACCAGGCACAGACAGAAGUCAAUACCCGCGAGCCGGAGCCAGAGUCACAGGAGGUACAGGUGUCCGAGAAGCCAGCUCCCGAGCAGCCAAUUCCACGUGGGGAGACUCCGCAGCGGGGCCGUGGAGAACGAGGCCGGGGACGACGGGGCCGGGGCAAAGGAGGGCGCGGUGGACGAGAGUCGGAGCAAAAGCGGUCAGAAAGCUCUCCGCGCAAAAAGACUCCUGUCAAUGCUGCGGCUGCCGAUGCGCGCGAACCUGGUGCUUCGAAGUCGAAGCCCGAGAAGCCCGAGAAGCCCGAGAAGCCUGUUGAGCCUAAAGAGCAGACCGGUCCGGUCGAAGAGGGUAAUGGUGAAGACCUGACUGCGACUGGCGCCGAGGCCCAGCGUGUGCCUGCUGUUCGUGGCGAUCGGAGCGCCACUGGUGGACUGAGAAAGCCUAAACUCACAGAAGAGGAAUUAUCCAAACGCAUCGCCACAGCCAAGGAGAACGCCGUAAAGAAGGCUGCGGCCCAUGCUCGCGCCGAAGCUGAUCAGGCGUCGUUCAUGGAGCGCGAGCAGGAGGCAGCGAAGAAACGUCGCGAGGAGCUCGCGCACCGCCGCGUGAUGGAUAGUGAACGCGAGAAGAACAGACAACGGAAACUCAAGGCCCAGACGGGGCGUGAGUGGGACUCGCAGAAACGCGAGGAAGAUUAUGACCCCCGCGGUGGAGGCAGCCAAUUCCGACGCGGUAUGCAUGGUGGCGUGUCUGGCGCCGUGCGACGAGGCUUUGAAGACGCCCGUUCAGAAGAUGCUGCAGAUCACUCUGGUGGUAACCGGGGUCGUGGACGCGGUGGUCGAGGUGGCCGUGACCGUGGAUCUCCACGUGCUCCACAGGGAGACCGGCCACGCAAGGGCUUAUCCGACAGUAUAUAUGCAAGAGAGAUCCCUGCUGCGCCGGGAUUGGAUGAUAAGAGUGCAUUCCCUGCUCUGCCCGAGGGACCCAAGAAGACUGAGACCAAGAAGACUGAGACUAAACCAGUGCCUAAGCCGGAGACCAAGCCUAAGGCGGAGGAGACUAAAGUCGAGACCGAGACUGCUCCUGAACCAUCCAAGUCACAAUCAGCAAUGGACAAAUUGGACUCUACGUUCUCACCCAUUACUGGAACUUGGGCAGACCAGUUUGAGGAUGAGUGA